AUGUCAUUACCUCAAUCAUCAGUAAUAGCAGAUUCAACAGGACAGAGCUCUAUACCGAUUCAGACUUUUGCAUCAGGUGGGAGUUCCUUGCCGAUGAAUACGCUUCCAAACAUUUCGGUGGUGGAUUCCUAUUCAACAGUAACAACGGAUCAGUCCACUAGAAUAUGCUUCCAAACAUUUCGGCGGUGGAUUCCUAUGCAAUCUAGCCAGCAACAGUCUAAUGUGGGAUCAGGUCUAUUCGGGGAAAGAUCAGGUUUUCUCAGAAAUAGAGCAUGCUAUGGCUACACAAGUGGAGCGUUUGAGGAUGCUUUUCAGAGGCUAAUUGACCAUAAUGAAAAUACAGGAAGCGCUACACUUAGUAGAUCUAUGACAUCAGGAUUUAACACGGCUACAGGAGCAGUGAGUUCAGAGGUGCCACCAGUCAGUAUGGUUAAUAAUCCUUUACAUCAUGCCAUAUUCCAGACAUCUGCAACAGAUACUCCGGUGCAGAAUCUCGGAGUGGGAUCAGGUAACAGUGGAUCUCACAACGCAGCACUACAAGGAAUACAAAGUUGGUAUUACCUAGUUGUUCCAAGUCAGCCAGCUUUUGUGUCACCACCAGGGAAUUUCACUUUUGAUGGACGGCAGUUGCCUCCAUUGUCUCCUCAAUACGGCACACCAGUGAUGAUGCUUGGAACGUCAUGGGGACAACAAUUACCCUAUCAAAGAUUCCAGGUGCCAUGGUUGGUGACUCUGGGAAUGCAGCAGGUGGGAAAUGCUACAAAUAAUACUGUUGCAAGGAAUGCGCAAGGGGCGAAUAAAUUUCAGUUGCAAAAUGUUGCAGCAAGUUUUACCAAUGCAACAUCAACAAGGAUCAGUGGUGGUCCCAUCACAACUGAGUGGACAAGAAGACAUAUUGGAAACCAGAAUUUGGGAAAUAGACACAACCCACGUCACCAACGUUUAUGGGGUCAAGGAGGUGGUCGUCAUCAGGUUGAUCUUGGUAACAAAGUUAGACAAGAACCGGACGCAGCAGCGAAUGAUAAUCAGCAACAGAAUUUUGAGACAGUAAACAACAAUGCUCUAAUCAAGUUGCGUUUGUUCCCUUAUUCUCUAAAAGGGACCGCUUUUGACUGGUAUCGAUCACUAGCACCAGGCUCUAUCCAGUCAUGGAAAAUGCAGCAGCGAGAAUUCUUAUCUUACUUUCGUAGGGAUACAACACGGUUAUCAAUCGUUGAUCUUUCAGAAAUUCAACAGAAGUUUGGAGAAACUGCGAAAGCCUAUCUGAUACGCUUUCGUCAAAUGUAUGCUAAGAUCCCAGAUAAGUAUGACAAGCCAACUAUUGUUAAGAUGGCAAUUGCUGGAAUUCAGGAUUACAAAGUCAAGUUGGCUGUUGCACCACAUUCUGUUCGAUCUUUGAAUCAUUUGGCAGAUAUUGUGAGGAGAUGCGAGAAAGUAAUUAAAGAUAAAAGGGAGAAGAACCCGGGAAAGACGAAACAAUGGUUCAACAAAGCACCAAUAGUAGAAGUGAAUCAGAAUCAAUGGGUUCACGAUGAGGACGAUGAUGAAUACGAGGUUAAUGCUGCUGAAAUCGUCAAUGUCCGUAACUACACGUGUGACGCAUUACGUCGCCCUACAGUUCCACAUUCUUAUAAUACUCCCCCACCGGUAGGUGCACCGGCAGGCACCUCAAGGCAAGCUGACGGAGCUAACAUUGGUAGAGUAUAUUCUUUCGACAUAUCGCAACAAGAGGCCAUUUUUGAUGACAUGUUCCAGAAAGGCCAUAUUUAUGUGGUGUUUCGGAAUAAACUUCAAAAGAUGAUUGAUGAUGGCAAUGUGGUAGUAGAGGACCUAGUUGAAAUGAGUAUCAAUCCUUUCCCGCCACAGCAUCACAUGUCAUGGACUCACACCAUAAAUGACUGUGUGGUGUUUCGGAAUAAACUUCAAAAGAUGUUUGAUGAUGGCAAUGUGGUAGUGGAGGACCUAGUUGAAAUGAGUAUCAAUCCUUUCCCGCCACAGCAUCAGGUCCGAAUGGUGAAUGUAGGAUUCGGAAGUCAUUCCUCUGAUGCAUGUUUGGUCACUGGUUGUGAAGAUUGUGACAAAGUACAUAAUAAGGUACCGAAAACUUUUCGUUUGAAAGAACUUGCAACUGCAACAACUAUUAGCCCCAAAGCUGUUGCAAACACACUGGUUGUUCCUGAAGCAGCCUCAUUCAUAAUGGAGCCACAUGACGCUACAGUUGGUGGUAUUCAGCUGCUAUCUCAAGAAGAUGGACCAGAAAUCAUAGCUGCCGAUGCAAAUCCAUUUGCAGCUCAAGCUAAUGCUGUAGAGAAUUAUUAUUACGACAGUGAAGUAGGUCCAUACCGUCUUGUUGGGAUGGACAAGUAUGGUCGGCCGCAACAAGCCACUAUGCGUCGUGAUAUGACUCUUCCAGAGUGGAAGUUACUUUUACAGGAAGUCAACAUGCCAUACAAUUACAACAUGUUAAGGCCGUUGCCAGCUGCUCCGUCUAUUGAAGAAGUAUUUAAUGAAGACAAUUGA